CCAAACGCCCAACAGAUGUCACAACCAUCCUGCGACAAAUCCGAGUUCGUCCUUCACGUCGGCCUUUCGCAACCGCCGGCAAAAAUGUUAAAUAUUUAAUAAUGUGUGACGAGUUGUGCUCCACAACCCAUGACCUAAUCAACGAAGUGCACAUCGCCCGUUCAAGAGCCAUCGAAAUCGCCAACAAUCAAUAGCCCAUUAAAAAGUAAAGCGGAAACACACCGCAGCAAUCCAUGAAUGAAAAUCUGUUAUGGAAAUGAAAGCAAUCGAUUCUCCAACGGGUAGACACGUGCAGGAACGUGCAGACCGCGAGUCCGAAUAGAGUGAGUAGAGUGACAAAGUUGCUUUGGGACUGCAUGCACAAGUAACCCUUCUAACCGAGGUGUGGGGCUCAAGGAAUGCUUUAACGCUAAUCCGCUGUUGAGGGGUGCUUGAAAUGGCCAGUUUCGCCGCCCAGGCGGCCCUCAGGGCCAAGUGGAGCUCCCUGGUGGAAGAACACAGCAUCGAGGUGCCCCCAGAAGUCACCAGCAAGGUUACCAGCGUGGUCGGGUGGCUGAAACAGGCGUCUUUGGAGGUGCGAGCGGCUGGACGAAGGGCUGUGAACACGCUGGCUGGAGGAGCGAUGGCUCAGCACCUGGUGAUUUUGCAUUUCAACGACGUGUACAACGUGGAGUCGAGGCUGUCCCCGGAACCCGUCGGGGGUGCGGCUAGGUUUUGUACGGCCAUCAAGAGUUUCCAGCAUCUGCACCCGUUGGUGCUGUUCAGCGGGGAUGCUUUUUCGCCGAGCAUGUUGAGCACCUACACCAAGGGCGAGCAGAUGGUCCCUGUUCUCAACGACAUCGGCACCCACUGCGCAGUCCUCGGCAAUCACGACUUCGACCACGGCCUUGAGGUCCUCUCACAAUGGGUUGCCCAGACCGAGUUCCCGUGGCUCAUGUCGAACGUCUUGGACAACGAAACCGGACGCCCAUUGGGAGAGGGUCGAAUCACCCAUGUGGUACACUGGGCCGGUCACAGAAUAGGUCUUCUGGGCCUCGUCGAGAAGGAAUGGCUGGACACUCUAGCUACCAUCAAUCCGGAAAUGGUCACCUUCCUGGAUUUCGUGGAAGCGGGGCAAAAAUUGGCCGCGCAGUUGAAGCAAGAGGGGUGUGACUACGUCAUCGCUCUAACUCACAUGCGGACCCCGAAUGAUAUUAAACUAGCUGAGAACUCAGAAGAUAUUGACCUGAUAUUAGGUGGACACGACCAUGUGUACGAAAUCAAAGAAGUCAACGGGAAGUACGUUAUCAAAAGCGGGACAGACUUUAGGCAAUUUAGUAAAAUUACUGUCAAUUUUGAUAAACCCAAUGGUACUCCCGAGGUGACCAUCGAGGAGGUGAACGUCACGUCUGCGUUCGCCGAAGAUCCCAAACUCAAAGAAAAGCUGGACAAGUACACGAGUAUCGUGGAGGGGAAAAUGCACGAGGUGUUGGGCUGUUUUUCGGUACCACUGGACGGGCGUUUCACUUCUAUAAGGACGUCGGAGUCUAAUUUAGGAAAUUGGGUUUGUGACGUCGUUUUAGCGGCGACUGGGGCGGACUUGGUGAUCUUGAAUUCUGGAACUUUCCGGUCUGAUCAGGUUCACCCGGCUGGGGAUUUUACUGUGAGGGAUUUAACUAAUAUUGUGCCGAUGCGGGAUCCGCUUGUUAUUUUGAAGCUGAAAGGCCAACAAGUUCUACAAGCCUUAGAAAACGGAGUGUGCAUGUACCCUAAACUAGAGGGCAGAUUUCCACAAGUAGCCGGUGUGAGUUUCGCCUUCGACCCCACCAAACCCCCAGGACAAAGAGUGGACCCAUCAUUCGUGAGAAUCGGAGACGAAUACCUAAACCUCGACCAGUACUAUAGAUUAGCCACCAAAAGCUACAUGCACUCGGGUUGCGACGGAUACGUCAUGUUAAAAGACGCCGAAAUUUUGGUGGACGAAGGCGAGUGUCCCGAGUUGGGUUUAGCCAUCCAGAAUCACUUCACAGCGAUCAAUAUGCGAUUAGGAAAGACAAAAAAACAUUCAAAACAUAGACAAUCAUUAGUUACUUUGUCUAGAAGGCACAGUCUGGUGAAAAUGCUCGACGGCAGCGAGCUUGACGGUCCCCCACCCCUCCGAAGGGCCAGUACUGUGGAAGCGACGACCAGCCCCCCGGCCCACCACACCUCCCGGCUAACCCGGCGCGCCUCAUUGGACGACCUCGAGCAAGAGUCAUGUCAAUUAACUCCGAAAAUAGACCAUCGAAUUGUACUAAUCAGCAGUGAAGAGAAAAAACAGGAGCUGAUCUUACAGAGACAGAGAAUAGAACAAGAUUCCAUCAUCGAGGAAGUUGACGAGUACUCUCCCCAGAAUUAACUUUACGUAGUAUUGUUUAGAUUUAGUUAUUUAUUGUAGACUCGAGUGAGGUAAUGCCUUGGAAAGAACACCACUUCACUGCAUUCCACAACGAGAUUUGUUGUGAAAAUUUCUGCUCUUUUGAUAGAUUUCACAUUCGAUUCGGUCACCAAAAGACUGCAAUGCAAUGUCAAUUUUAGUUUCACUGAGAAUCAAAGCUGUAUCAAAAGUAGCAAUAAUUUGUGUGACAACUUCUGUGAUUCGCAGAAUUGAGCUUCGCACUUACUUAAUGACGUACUUAGUAGCUCUUUAAGUAUGUAUGUGCCUAAGAGUAAGCAACAAUUUCCACUAUAUUAGUACAAAUUUUAACUUAAUGUGCUGUUGUGGUGGGCAAUCGAUGUUGCCUUGAUGUACGAUAUUUCUCAAUCUUCCAUUAUUAAUGUCCACGGUGCACCACGUUAGGGCUUUGACGCUUAGCACUAGUGUAAGUUGUGCACUUUAUUGUAAUUUGAUCCGUCUGAUGAUGGAGCCGUACCGACCAUAUUCUCACUGUCAAUUGCGUAAUCGUGCUGUCAGCAUAUACAAGCCUCUGAAGUUUGAAUAAGCCCAAUUCGAGACUUACCCUCUUCUCACGAUUGUUGUUGACGUAAAAUAGGCCAGUAUUCAAAUCCUACAGCUACUUAACUAAUUUCAGGUUCAAGGGGUUAUUCAUUUCUUCGGAGGCAACAGUUUCAGCUUUGAUGGUGGAUGUUAGAUGCCGAAUUUCGUUACGCUAGUCACACCUGUUACCAAACACUUAGAAAUUGUUACGAAAUUUAUUUGCGUUAAUUUUUACAGUUAUUAGGUGGCUGAUGGAUGUAGACCUAAAUAAAUACUUUUUUUAA